GGCCCGGAGCUGGACUGGGCCUCCCGCGUUCUGGGUCCGUCACUGGUAGGGGAAACUUUCCCAAACCAGAGACCGAGCCUGAACACCUUCCUUCGCCACCUCGUCCUCUAAUCCCACUCCCACUCCACCACCUCCGACGCCUUCCCCUCCCACCGACCCGAAUCUCGCUGCGUCUGACUGAUGGGGCAGUGAGCCAAUCGAAGGCGGGGAGCUGACCUGUCGGGUGUCGAUUUCUCUUGGAUUUGGCUACACACUUAUAGAUCUUCUGCACUGUUUACAGGCACAGUCUGUCAAAUGGUAUAACCAAUGAGGCACCUUUACAAUGAAGUCGGCCAUGUUUAUGUUGGAAAAUAUAAUGAAACAACAAAAACAAUACUACUGCUUCUUCAUGGUUUGACCUGACUGGUUGCUGAUAUGUGUUCAAGAUGAGUGGGAUGGGAGAAAAUACCUCUGACCCCUCCAGGGCAGAGACAAGAAAGCGCAAGGAAUGUCCUGACCAACUUGGACCCAGCCCCAAAAGGAACACUGAAAAACGUAAUCGUGAACAGGAAAAUAAAUAUAUAGAAGAACUUGCAGAGCUGAUUUUUGCAAAUUUUAAUGAUAUAGACAACUUUAACUUCAAACCUGACAAAUGUGCAAUCUUAAAAGAAACUGUGAAGCAAAUUCGUCAGAUCAAAGAACAAGAGAAAGCAGCAGCUGCCAACAUAGAUGAAGUACAGAAGUCAGAUGUAUCCUCUACAGGGCAGGGUGUCAUCGACAAGGAUGCACUGGGGCCUAUGAUGCUUGAGGCCCUUGAUGGGUUCUUCUUUGUAGUGAACCUGGAAGGCAACGUUGUGUUUGUGUCAGAGAAUGUGACACAGUAUCUAAGGUAUAACCAAGAAGAGCUGAUGAACAAAAGUGUAUAUAGCAUCUUGCAUGUUGGGGACCACACGGAGUUUGUCAAAAACCUGCUGCCAAAGUCUAUAGUGAAUGGGGGAUCUUGGUCUGGCGAACCUCCAAGGCGGAACAGCCAUACCUUCAAUUGUCGGAUGCUGGUAAAACCUUUACCUGAUUCAGAAGAGGAGGGUCAUGAUAACCAGGAAGCUCAUCAGAAAUAUGAAACUAUGCAGUGCUUUGCUGUCUCUCAACCAAAGUCCAUCAAAGAAGAAGGAGAAGAUUUGCAGUCCUGCUUGAUUUGCGUGGCAAGAAGAGUUCCCAUGAAGGAAAGACCAGUUCUUCCCUCAUCAGAAAGUUUUACUACUCGCCAGGAUCUCCAAGGCAAGAUCACUUCUCUGGAUACCAGCACCAUGAGAGCAGCCAUGAAACCAGGCUGGGAGGACCUGGUAAGAAGGUGCAUUCAGAAGUUCCAUGCACAGCAUGAAGGAGAAUCUGUGUCCUAUGCCAAGAGGCAUCAUCAUGAAGUACUGAGACAAGGAUUGGCAUUCAGUCAAAUCUAUCGUUUUUCCUUGUCUGAUGGCACUCUUGUUGCUGCACAAACGAAGAGCAAACUCAUCCGUUCUCAGACUACUAAUGAACCUCAACUUGUAAUAUCUUUACAUAUGCUUCACAGAGAGCAGAAUGUGUGUGUGAUGAAUCCAGAUCUGACUGGACAAACGAUGGGGAAGCCAUUGAAUCCAAUUAGCUCUAGCAGCCCUGCCCAUCAGGCCCUGUGCAGUGGGAACCCAGGUCAGGACAUGACCCUCAGUAGCAAUAUAAAUUUUCCCAUAAAUGGCCCAAAGGAACAAAUGGGCAUGCCCAUGGGCAGGUUUGGUGGUUCUGGGGGAAUGAACCAUGUGUCAGGCAUGCAAGCAACCACUCCUCAGGGUAGUAACUAUGCACUCAAAAUGAACAGCCCCUCACAAAGCAGCCCUGGCAUGAAUCCAGGACAGCCCACCUCUAUGCUUUCACCAAGGCAUCGCAUGAGCCCUGGAGUGGCUGGCAGCCCUCGAAUCCCACCCAGUCAGUUUUCCCCUGCAGGAAGCUUGCAUUCCCCUGUGGGAGUUUGCAGCAGCACAGGAAAUAGCCAUAGUUAUACCAACAGCUCCCUCAAUGCACUUCAGGCCCUCAGCGAGGGGCACGGGGUCUCAUUAGGGUCAUCGCUGGCUUCACCAGACCUAAAAAUGGGCAAUUUGCAAAACUCCCCAGUUAAUAUGAAUCCUCCCCCACUCAGCAAGAUGGGAAGCUUGGACUCAAAAGACUGUUUUGGACUUUAUGGGGAGCCCUCUGAAGGUACAACUGGACAAGCCGAGAGCAGCUGCCAUCCUGGAGAGCAAAAGGAAACAAAUGACCCCAACCUGCCCCCGACCGUGAGCAGCGAGAGAGCCGACGGGCAGAGCAGACUGCACGAUAGCAAAGGGCAGACCAAACUCCUGCAGCUGCUGACCACCAAAUCUGAUCAGAUGGAGCCCUCGCCCUUAGCCAGCUCUUUGUCGGACACAAACAAAGACUCCACAGGUAGCUUGCCUGGUUCUGGGUCAACACAUGGAACCUCGCUCAAGGAGAAGCAUAAAAUUUUGCACAGACUGUUGCAGGACAGCAGUUCCCCUGUGGACUUGGCCAAGUUAACAGCAGAAGCCACAGGCAAAGACCUGAGCCAGGAGUCCAGCAGCACAGCUCCUGGAUCAGAAGUGACGAUUAAACAGGAACCGGUGAGCCCCAAGAAGAAAGAGAAUGCACUACUUCGCUAUUUGCUAGAUAAAGAUGAUACUAAAGAUAUUGGUUUACCAGAAAUAACCCCCAAACUUGAGCGUCUGGACAGUAAGACAGAUCCUGCCAGUAACACAAAAUUAAUAGCAAUGAAAACUGAGAAGGAGGAGAUGAGCUUUGAGCCUGGUGACCAGCCUGGCAGUGAGCUGGACAACUUGGAGGAGAUUUUGGAUGAUUUGCAGAAUAGUCAAUUACCACAGCUUUUCCCAGACACAAGGCCAGGCGCCCCUGCUGGAUCAGUUGACAAGCAAGCCAUCAUCAAUGACCUCAUGCAACUCACAGCUGAAAACAGCCCUGUCACACCUGUUGGAGCCCAGAAAACAGCACUGCGAAUUUCACAGAGCACUUUUAAUAACCCACGACCAGGGCAACUGGGCAGGUUAUUGCCAAACCAGAAUUUACCACUUGACAUCACAUUGCAAAGCCCAACUGGUGCUGGACCUUUCCCACCAAUCAGAAACAGUAGUCCCUACUCAGUGAUACCUCAGCCAGGAAUGAUGGGUAAUCAAGGGAUGAUAGGAAAUCAAGGAAAUUUAGGGAACAAUAGCACAGGAAUGAUUGGUAGCAGUGCUUCUCGGCCUACUAUGCCAUCUGGAGAAUGGGCACCACAGAGUUCGGCUGUGAGAGUCACCUGUGCUGCUACCACCAGUGCCAUGAACCGGCCAGUCCAAGGAGGUAUGAUUCGGAACCCAGCGGCCAGCAUCCCCAUGAGGCCCAGCAGCCAGCCUGGCCAAAGACAGACGCUUCAGUCUCAGGUCAUGAAUAUAGGGCCAUCUGAAUUAGAGAUGAACAUAGGGGGACCUCAGUAUAGCCAGCAACAAGCUCCUCCAAAUCAGACUGCCCCAUGGCCUGAAAGCAUCCUGCCUAUAGACCAGGCAUCUUUUGCCAGCCAAAACAGGCAGCCGUUUGGCAGUUCUCCAGAUGACUUGCUGUGUCCACAUCCUGCAGCUGAGUCUCCGAGUGAUGAGGGAGCUCUUCUGGACCAGCUCUAUCUGGCCUUGCGGAAUUUUGAUGGCCUGGAGGAGAUUGAUAGAGCCUUGGGAAUACCCGAACUGGUCAGCCAGAGCCAAGCAGUAGAUCCAGAACAGUUCUCAAGUCAGGAUUCCAACAUCAUGCUGGAGCAGAAGGCGCCUGUUUUCCCACAGCAGUAUGCGUCUCAGGCACAAAUGGCCCAGGGUAGCUAUUCUCCCAUGCAAGAUCCAAACUUUCACACCAUGGGACAGCGGCCUAGUUAUGCCACACUCCGUAUGCAGCCCAGACCAGGCCUCAGGCCCACGGGCCUAGUGCAGAACCAGCCAAAUCAACUGAGACUUCAACUUCAGCAUCGCCUCCAAGCACAGCAGAAUCGCCAGCCACUUAUGAAUCAAAUCAGCAAUGUUUCCAAUGUGAACCUGACUCUGAGGCCUGGAGUACCAACACAGGCACCUAUUAAUGCACAGAUGCUGGCCCAGAGACAGAGGGAAAUCCUGAACCAGCAUCUUCGACAGAGACAGAUGCAUCAGCAACAGCAAGUUCAGCAACGAACUUUGAUGAUGAGAGGACAAGGGUUGAAUAUGACACCAAGCAUGGUGGCUCCUAGUGGUAUGCCAGCAACUAUGAGCAACCCUCGGAUUCCCCAGGCAAAUGCACAGCAGUUUCCAUUUCCUCCAAACUACGGAAUAAGUCAGCAACCUGAUCCAGGCUUUACUGGGGCUACAACUCCCCAGAGCCCACUUAUGUCACCCCGAAUGGCACAUACACAGAGUCCCAUGAUGCAACAGUCUCAGGCCAACCCAGCCUAUCAGGCCCCCUCUGACAUGAAUGGAUGGGCACAGGGGAGCAUGGGCGGAAACAGCAUGUUUUCCCAGCAGUCCCCACCACACUUUGGGCAGCAAGCAAACACCAGCAUGUACAGUAACAACAUGAACAUCAGUGUGUCCAUGGCAACCAACACAGGUGGCAUGAGCAGCAUGAACCAGAUGACAGGACAGAUCAGCAUGACCUCAGUGACCUCCGUGCCUACGUCGGGGCUGUCCUCCAUGGGUCCCGAGCAGGUUAAUGAUCCUGCUCUGAGGGGAGGCAACCUGUUCCCAAACCAGCUGCCUGGAAUGGAUAUGAUUAAGCAGGAGGGAGACACAACACGGAAAUAUUGCUGACACUGACAGUAGCCAGUUGCUUCUUCAGCUGACCGGGCUCACUUGCUCAAAACACUUCCAAGUCUGGAGAGCUGUGUCUAUUUGUUUCAAACCAACUGACCUGCCAGCCGGUUCUGCCAGAGCAGACAGGCCUGGGCCCUGGUCCCCAGGGUGGCAUCCACUCGGCUGUGGCAGGAGGAGCUGCCUCUUCUCUUGACAGUCUGAAGCUCGCAUCCAGACAGUCGCUCAGUCUGUUCACUGCAUUCACCUUAGUGCAACUUAGAUCUCUCCUGCAAAGUAAAUGUUGACAGGCAAAUUUCAUACCCAUGUCAGAUUGAAUGUAUUUAAAUGUAUGUAUUUAAGGAGAUCCAUGCUCUUGUUCUGUUCCUGUUCGGUUCCAGACACUGGUUUCUUGCUUUGUUUUCCCUGGCUAACAGUCUAGUGCAAAAGAUUAAGAUUUUAUCUGGGGGAAAGAAAAGAAUUUUUUUAAAAACUAAAAGUGUUUUAAGCUAAAGCCUGAACUUGGGAUGGAAGCAGGACAGACACCGUGGACAGCGCCAUAUUUACAGACACACCCAGUGCAUGAAGACCAACAAAGUCACAGUCGUAUCUUUAGAAAGCGCUAAAGACCAUGUUGGAAAGAGUCUCCAGUUACUGAACAGAUGAAAAGGAGCCUGUGAGAGGGCUGUUAACAUUAGCAAAUAUUUUUUCCUUGUUUUUUCUCUGUUAAAACCAAACUAGUUCGCCUGAAUCAUGAAUCAAGAAGAAAUAAUUUUCAUUUCUAUAUUAAGUUCCCUUUAGUUUGAUCAGACAGCUUGAAUCAGCAUCUCUUCUUCCCUGUCAGCCUGACUCUUCCCUUCCCCUCUCUCAUUCCCCAUCCUCCCUACUUUCAUUCAUUUUUUAAAAAAUAAUAUAAGCUACAGAAACCAGGUAAGCCCUUUAUUUCCUUAAAUGUUUUGCCAGCCACUUACCAAUUGCUAAGUAUUGAAUUUCAGAAAAAAAAAAAUGCAUUUACUGGCAAGGAGAAGAGCAAAGUUAAGACUUGAUACCAAUCGAGCUAAGGAUACCUGCUUUGGAAGCAUGUAUAUUCUGUUCCCCAGCAACUCUGGCCUCCAAAAUGGGAGAAAAUGCCAGUGUGUUUAAAUUGAUAGCAGAUAUCACGACAGAUUUAACCUCUGCCAUGUGUUUUUUAUUUUGUUUUUUAGCAGUGCUGACUAAGCCGAAGUUUUGUAAGGUACAUAAAAUCCGAUUUAUAUGUAAACAAGCAAUAAUUUAAGUUGAGAACUUAUGUGUUUUAAUUGUAUAAUUUUUGUGAAGUAUACAUAUUGUGGAAUUGACUCAAAAAUGAGGUACUUCAGUAUUAAAUUAGAUAUCUUCAUAGCAAUGUCUCCUAAAGGUGUUUUGUAAAGGAUAUCAAUGCCUUGAUUAGACCUAAUUUGUAGACUUACGACUUUUUAUUUUCUAAACCUUGUGAUUCUGCUCAUAAGUCAUUUAUCUAAUCUGUAUGAUAUGCAGCCGCUGUAGGAACCAAUUCUUGAUUUUUAUAUGUUUAUAUUCUUUCUUAAUGAACCUUAGAAAGACUACAUGUUACUAAGCAGGCCACUUUUAUGGUUGUUUUUCUUGCCCACUCUGGUAGGGGAAUAAUCUUUUAUUAAUGGGUGUCAGUUUCAGACAACUGCAAUACCAAGAAACUGAUGACCUUUUCUGAGCUAUUUCUCCUUAACCCCUAAUACCUUUCUUACCUAAAUUUCAGAAUGAUAUCUUUUUGAUGUCUAAAAAGCAAAGCAUUUUAUAAUAUCUCAUUAGCCAGGCUUUUUAGGAACAGAGAAGUUUUUCCUUGAAAUUUGAUUGUUUAUUUGUGGCAGGGUGAAAAAUGUACAAACUACCCCAUUUAUAUUUAUAUCUCUCUCUAUGUGUACAGAUUAUGGAAAUAUAGAAAGAGAUAUAACCCAAAGAUAGAUGGUAAGUAGACAGUCUGAAAAUGUUGCUCCAUACUAAAGAAGCUUUCUGGAAAUUUGCAUUUUGCUACUUUUUUUCCACUUGAGAGGGAUCUCAAUACAGGGAGGUGGCCAAGGAACAGCACUUCUUAGUGGCCACCAGUUCAUAUAUCCCCUCAAAAGGCUCUACUUUUCUCCACCAAACCAUUGGGUUGCCCAACUGUGAUGGAAAAAACAAGCAGAUGUUGGCCCAGGACUCCAGGACCUCCCCGUGUGCUGAGGCUCACGUGGCAUACAAUUCAGUGUGACCGACCAGUUUUAAUGUUUAGAAAUAUGUGAAUUGUAAUGAUUUUUAACUUCACACAGCACAAAAAAGAAAUGGAGUUUAAACUGGAUUUGUUUUGUUUUUAGUUUCAAGUCCCUUUUAACUACAACACCGUCCAAAACUAUCUACCUAUCUGUUCUUUUUUAUCCAUCUACCCGCUGUAUUUUAAUGUCGAUCCUAAUUCAGACAAAUCUGCAACCUCAUGAUACUGGUAAUUUAUAAUAAUUCAUGAUCAUUGCUGUUUUGAAGGAAAAGAUGAUAAAUUGUCUUAUGGUUUCGAUCAGGUAAUGGAUUUUUGUUUUACAUCUAAUUUGGAGAAGAAAAGUAAGUGAAGGAAUCCUCUGAUCAUAUUGAUCACUAUAGAAGCAAAAGCCAAAUCAAUUCCCUUCAUUAUCAGUAUUUCUCAUGCUGUACACAAUAAAUUUGUUAGACUGAGUACUUGGUUUUCGUUUAAUAGUACAAAUAAUCAGUGUUUCGCUUAUAUUACUAAAUGUGAAAAACAUAAUGUGAAAAGUAUACAUACAUUAACUUGGUUGUAAAACUCAUUUAAGUGUUCAUGUAAUGUGGUAAGUUUAAAAAGUGAAGUGAGCUGUUUUAUUACAAUGAAUUCGUUUGACUCAAAGAUUAAUAUGCCCCUCUCCCUAUGUGUAUCUCUUACGGCCUGUAAUAAUUGAAAGCAAUGUUUUUGCAGUUUAUAUAAUGCAAUUUUUAAUCUGUGUUCAAAAAUGGAGUUCAUAUGGGCUUAACACAUGAAAUGGGUGGCACAGAUCCACUUGCAGAACCCAAAGAUACACAAUCAAUUUUGAAAUGCAACUUAAGCCAUUAAUUGUUGGUGUGAAUUUAAAAUUUUCUAGUGUUUGUAUGGUAGUAUGCUGCCUAAGAGCAAAGCAUUCUCUGCACAAAAGAAAAUUACUGUAGUGGCUUCGAUUUUAAUUAGAAUUUUCUCCCUGGUGUUUCUUUAUAGACUAAAACAAAAUCUUUUAAGUUUCUUACUACAGGUAAAAGCUAUGUGCAAGAACCUCAAAAUGCUAAAAUCUAGCAUAAUGCCUUAGAUCUGUUUUUAAGUCUUGUAUAUUCCUACAUAGCUGUCCGAUGUAUUAUAUUUGUAUAGUGAAUUGUGUACAAUUUUUGAAUAAGUGCAUCAUCACUUAACCUUUAUGUUGUUGAAUAGUGAUGAUGAUACAUUUCUUCAAACAUUUAACUGUCAUUUUUUUUCCUUUGUCAUUUGUGAGUUUUAUUUGUACAGUUCCUCAUGAAGUUGCAUCUGAGAUGUGUGUAUAUGAAAAGAUUAUACAAGGGUAAAAUUAAGCAAUAUAUUAACUAUGGUUCUUCAGGAGAAAGCUUACAGUGUUUCAGGUUGUGAUUUAUUUUCAAAAUGGAGUUGACUCUGAACAUCACUUUGUUCACCUGCAUUGAUGUUUGUAUUUCUAGUGUGAGCAGUUUAUGCAAAGGUAGAUAUAUUCAGAGAAAUUUUAAAUACAUUUAUGCAAGUUAAUAUUGCUUUGCUGAUGCUAUUUGCUUAUUUGAUGUUAAAUAAUGCUAUUGUAAAUAAAGAAUUCUGUUGUUAUUGCAUCAUUUAAUAAAUUUUAAUGCCUUCGGGUUUUACAUGGCUUUAGAGA